CAGAUAACUGAUCAGAUGUUUAAAUUUUAGAACAUAUUUCAGUGCAUGGCAGUUGUAUAAAUAAGCAGUUGAUUACAAAGGAAAUUAUGAUAUUGUAAACAUAACUAAAGCAUGUCGAAUAUCCAGACUCUUAUCGUUGCCUCAGUCGUUCUUGGUACCGUGUAUAGUGCAUGUGAAAGUGGUUGGAGACAUUUUGGUGGCAAUUGCUACCGAUUUACAACAGAUAUACAAACAUGGGCUGAAGCAAGGCAAAUGUGUCUGUGGCAUAACAGUGAUCUUAUUGUCAUAGAGACGCCCGAGGAACAAACAUGGUUUCGUAAACAAGCAUUAACAUUUAAUCACACCGGUGGCAAUAGUGGUUUCUGGCUUGGCGGAGCCAAUUUUAACAAUGAUGGAAAUUGGAUAUGGGAACCAACAAAUAAGCCAUUAACGUAUGCGCCAUGGGGUACUUCACCUCAACAACCAAACAACGUAAACAACACAGAACUAUGCUUAGCAGCAAUAAAAUAUUUUGAUUAUAGUUGGAAUGACGAGAAUUGUUUUUGGGAUGUGCAAUAUGUAUGUGAGAAAAAGAAUACUGCCACACCAAUAGUUGGUUAGACUACAUUUAUCGUCGCAAAAUUUAACCUGUGAACAUAAAUUACAUAACUUUAUCGGAUGAAUAAUAAAUAUACAAAAUGA